UAAUCCAAGUGAUGACUGCAGUCAUUAGUUUUUUUGUUGUUUUUUUGCAGAGAUUAAAAAACCCCAAAAAGAACAAACAAAGUUCAGACGGACAGAGAGUGAAGUCAUGAUGAGCAGGUGACGCCUCACUAACCACAGAUCCUCAUAUUUCCCCUCUUACUUCUUUAGACUCUCAGUCGUUUCUGAGAGUCAAGAGAGACGGAGAGGAGCGAUGAUCACUGCUAGAGAGACACAAACAUCUGUAUUUCUAACGCUGAUGCUUUACUUAAGAGCAGCAGCAGCUGGUCAGGUUCUGUACUCAGCAGUCAGAGUUGGUGAUAAAGUGACUUUGCCUUGUGGUGAUGUGAUCUAUAGUAGUGAUCACUGUCAGAGCGUCACCUGGAUGUUCAGUAAUAACAGAAGAUCAAUAACACUGUUUGAAAAAGGACAGAUACGUGAAGCUGCAGCAGCWAAAUCAGACAGACUGAAGGUUAAACCAAACUGUUCUCUGGUUAUGAAGAACGUCUCAGUGGAGGAUGCUGGUCAGUACGUCUGCAGACCGUUUAUAAACGGACAGCAAGGACCAGACUUUUACAUGAUUCUGUCUGUUGUUCACAUGGUUAAAUGGAAACAGAAGGAUAGAAUCAUCCUAACCUGCUCUGUGACGGACUUUAACCGCUGCAGACACACAGUGGAGUGGCUGAAUGACGGURGAGAGGAAAUGUUGUCAGACACGGAGGAACCAGAUCAGUCCUGCUCUGAUACUGUAACGAUUCCAGCAUCUGACAGAAACUGGAAGGUAAAAUCUCCUGAAGUGUUAAAGUGUAAMGUUACAAAUAUUCACACUAACAAAGAGCAGCUGUUUGACUUCAGGAUUCAGUCCUCUGGURGAAACACAGGACGACCCCCCUGA